CUGUGCUUGCCUGCCCCUUGUUUUUUAAGAAGGCCAAAAUACUAAUGAAUUCAAAUACUUUUUCUUCUUCAAAAUCAGCUCAAAAUUAACUACGGAUGACUACUUUGCGAAUGAGUCCCUCAUCAAGUUGAAAUUACAUCGAAUCGACGAAAGAUUUGAAGGUAUUAGCGUUUGAGUCGGUGCGCAAAUAACGUUAUGAAAAUUAUUUUCACCCUCCUUAAACCUUUUGACCAACGUUAGAGUAGCCUGCGUAGCGGCCCAAAAGGGAAAAAGGAAGUGGUUUAUGCAGGCUUUAAGAGAGAGGGCGAAUGCUUCCAUUGAUGGCUUAUUGCCGUGUGCUCAUUAUCACAUUAAUUCAGCGUGUUAUCGAUAAAGCAGAUAAAGGCAUAAUACUUGGCCUUCAUUCAUGCCAUGACCUGUACAUUCUGCCUAAAAUAAGAACAGAUACACUUUCCUUUAGUAUAUUGUAUAUUGACUUUCAAAACAAAUUGCUGGUUUCCACGGCCACAAUGCACUAUGGGUAGCUAUUAGCCUUCAAGUCUUUGUUGUAAAACCUGAAAUGCUGUUUCGAAACUAGCUCGAACAAAAUAGUGGAAAAGCGUUUUUGACAUUUAUGCAUAUACAUUCUUUAUAUUGAUAUUCUUGUUCGGUAUAUUUCGCUUAACCAUUCAACAACAUGCGUCUCAAUCUUGGUAUGGCAUGGCUCUUGUCUUGUCUUUUGUCACUAACAGUCCUUAGGUUACAAGCAUACUUUCACGUUUCAAACUUGCCGCUCCACUAGCAUGUUCAGUUUGUAAUUGCUUACUUACUAACUGCCCAUUAUGCCUGCUGGCGCGGAAAGCAAAGAAGGACGACCACUUCAGUUUGUAAAAGUAUGCACGAUAUGCACUUAAUCUUAAUUUUGAAAGGCUUUUAAUAUCUCCGAAGUCGGAAAUGAGAGCAUACACGCAGUUGCGCGGAACAACAAUCUCGUUUCAUCAGCCCUUAUUUCUUCUUGCGCAUGCUCGACAAAAGUUUAUUUCAUCGAGCGUGUGAAGUAAUAAAUUAAAUAACGGCUCUUAAAGUAAUAAUGCCGGAGGGAAAGCACGGCAAAACUGAUAAAGAAACGAAAUAUAGCUAGGGGAAAACGCGCGAACAGAAUAUUUCGUGACCAUACCAACUCGUCAUUAGUGCCACGCGACAAUCAAUAAAUUUAUUGUCAUAUGAAAAAAAAAAAAAAACUUAAAUGGAAAAAAGGUUUAUCAAAAAUACCGUUCCACCGUAGGAAGCCACAAGUGGGCUAUUGACGUUCGAUCCUAAUAUGGUUGGAAGAUUGUCCUUAUGCUAGUACUAAAGUAGUACAGGUUACAGGUGAAGUAUUCUAAUACUGAUUCUGAUACCGAAUGAUGAUAGAUUCGUCUGAUCCCAGUAUUGACCUACAGUAUAUAUACGAAAUUUUUGGUUGGGAAUUCAGAAUCUAGGAUGCGCGCAGCCCGGUUUUCACUAUAGUUAAGAAGUGUUAUCUAUAGUCCACGAAGUGGGAUUCGUACUGCGUUUCAGACUUAUCUCUCCACCAAUUAUCAUCUCAAGCAGCCUUGCUUGGAGCAAUUUGUGAAGUCAAUAAAUAAAAAUGCACCAUGAAGAAACUAAUUACAGCUAAAAGUACCGGCAUUCUCUGCGGUCAUGGCUUGUUGUUUGAGGCUUUUGGUGCGACAACGAUUUUCUAAAUAGGUGUAUCCACUAUAUGAUCAAGUCGAAGAACUCAAUAAUGAAACUAGCAUUAAAUGGUUGUUUCCCCGUCGGAUGGCGGACGGACUCAAUUAUUAUUAUUUAUCAAACCUCAAUCUUCUGUCGCGUGUAAUUAAUGAUGCUGCAUUGUAUAUGAGUACAUACGGUAGAACAUCAUAAAAUCAAUUUGGUGUCAACCAACGUCACUGACGCCACUCAUGACUCUUGACGUCAUCAAAAGAUCAAUUUAGAUACUCCAUGGUUUUAUUCAGGUCUAAAAAAAGGGUUUGUUCAUUGGUCGCCAUUUAAUGCAUCUGUUGACAGCUAUUCUCAAGACACCAACGCUUCACACUCCUUCCAAUGUGCUUCUUUGUUUCUUGGCAUUUUCUGACUUUGGGGUCGGUUUUGUAGUCCAACCUCUGUCCAUAGCAGCGACAAUCGUGUCUAACGCCCAUGGCCAUCAACAACUACUGAAAACCUGUACGGAAAGCGCAAGCGUACUGUUGUAUGGAGCUUCGAUGUUGACCAUGACCGCCAUUGCGGUGGACCGGUACCUUGCUCUUUUGCUGCAUCUCAGAUAUCGGACGAUCGUAACGGUACCACGUACUUUGAAGCUAAAGACCUUGCUGUGGUUCAUUGCUUUAUGUAUCUAUUUCUUCCGCUAUCUGGUGGAUAAAAAAGCACGUUACAUCUCUAUCAUCACCUUCAUCUUGGUUCUUCUUUUUACCUCGUCAUACUGCUACAUUCAGAUCCUUCGUAUCGUUCAACGCCAUCGAAGGCAAAUACUAGACCAAACCCUGUCUAUCACUCGUCAGUUUUCCUCGUCAUGUGUCCCCACUGUCGGACAAGGAAAAUCCAUUACUACAAUGUACUACAUCCAUGGGCUGUUCGUUGUUUGUGUUAUACCAUACAUUGUUGGUAUAUUCCUGUUGCUCAAAUUUGGACAAAGUCGAAGCGUGACGAUUUACAGAUACGCAGCGUGGACCGCCUUGACGUUGAACUCAGUACUCAAUCCAUUCUUGUACUGUUGGCGCAUUCAAGGGAUAAAAAUUGCAAUCAAGACACUACUCAAGUCUUUUAUUGAUAAAUCUCGGUUAAAUAGAGUAGGAAUCGUAUGACUGUCAAACGGGCUAAGGGACUCUAUAGAACGCCGGGUUUUCGUACGCAUUAGUUUUAUGAGUCAGGAAUGGAUACGGUGUUAUGGGACGACCGUUCUCGGUAUAUGAGCUUCGGGAUCUUUAUUCUACUCUCUCUAUUGAACUAAUUGCAUGAGCUGUAUUUAUAGUAAUUCUAUGACAGGUGUCAUUCUAUAAUCAAUGUGAUAAUAUCGUUGAAUCAUGAUUGGCUAAAAGAAAUAGUACAUACCUAAGUAUGAUAUUCUAAUAACGAGUAAUACGAGUGAAAAUCUUGGAACUAAACAUAGCUUAAACUAAAGUUAAUAUAUGAAUAUCUUGUAAAUGUAUAGAAAAGGCUACGAGGAAUAUUUCUAUCAUAAGAUUCAAAAGAAUAGUGCUAAAAUAUAACUAAGCAAAGGGGUAAAAAGUGUGUAGGGCGUAACCAGAGGUACAAAUGUUAAUAAGAGGAGCUAAGAGGUUUACUUGUGAAUUCAAAGCAUACCAUUAUUCAUUA